AGAGAAAUAUCUUUGCACCUUAAGAUCAUAAAUUUCAAAGUAGUUGUCUUUUUUUACUUUCGUACCCAUUAAAUACUCCUAUAUAAAUUUAAAUCAAACUCUCUCUGUUUCAGAUCAACCAUUUCUACGAAAUCAGCAAAAAGAAAUGCCUCCAAAUCCUCCAAAAUCAUCACUUUUAUUUCAUAGAAUCAACCCUACCACGAUCCCUACAACUUCCGCCGGCGCCACCACUUGUAAAAAACUACAAAGACAUACGCCAAUACCAUGUACCGCACAAGUACCGGAUUCCGUCGGUAAAUACCACACUCACUCCGUUAGCCCAAACCAGUGUUGCUCCGCCGUGAUCCAGCGCGUCUCCGCCCCCGUCUCUGCUGUAUGGUCCGUCGUCCGCCGUUUCGAUAACCCUCAAGCCUAUAAACACUUCGUCAAGAGCUGCCACGUCAUCGUUGGGGACGGCGACGUUGGCACCCUCCGCGAAGUGCGCGUCAUCUCGGGCCUUCCCGCUGCUAGCAGCACGGAGAGGCUCGAGAUCCUUGACGAAGAGCGCCACGUCAUCAGCUUCAGCGUUGUUGGUGGGGACCACCGCCUGGCAAAUUACCGAUCUGUCACCACCCUCCACUCCGAUCCCUCUUGCAAUGGAAGUACUAUCGUCGUGGAAUCAUACGUUGUUGAUAUACCACAUGGGAAUACUAAAGAAGAAACAUGUGUUUUCGUGGACACUAUUGUCAAAUGUAACCUCCAAUCCCUUGCCCAAAUCGCUGAGAAUUUGAGCAGACGAAACAUGUCUUGAAACGUAGCUCGAGGUGGCAAAUGGACGACUUGGAUCAAACUUGGACAUGUCAAAUCAAUAAACCGGUUCAACAUUAGUUCAAAAUGGAUUGAUCUAUAUGACAAGCAAAAAAAUACAAAUACAAGGUGGUUAGUUUCUCCGUGGAUCGGAGUUCAAAACAGAUUAAAACAACUGAUCGAUGAUGCCUGUGACGAUGAUAUCUUGAUCAGAUGAUGUAUUUUGGUACGAAUUAAGAUCUUUGAAUCAUUCGAUUUCUUUUUACAUAUUUUUCAUCUCUGGUCCAGGUUGUCGUCAUCACUUGUUGAAGAUAAGUUCAUGGUUUACUUGUUACGCUAGGAAUUUAAGUUGUUUCUCCUAUGGUCUCUUUUUCUUACUUUAUCUAUUUUUAAA